CCCCAGCCGCAACUUAACGGGCAGCAGAGACGCCCCCCCCUGGGCCGCUCCCCCGCGUCGCUGGACACCGCUGUGCUGUCCGAGUCGCCCUCGCUGGCAUCGCUGGCCCAGACGGAGGAGCUGUUCGACCUGAUCGCCAGCUCGCAAAGCCGUCGCCUAGACGAUCAGAGGGCCAGCGUGGGGGACCGCCUCACCUUCGCCAUCACUCAGAACAACAUCCGACACCUGUGCGAGGCCUGCAACCCCAAGGAGCCCACCGAUGAUUUCUUCAACAUGCUCAUCAAACACCAGUCCUGCAGGCUGAAUGACCAGAGGUGUUCUCUACCGGAGUGUGUACCGGGCGCGGCAGCGUCGGACGCUGACGAGGCCUUCUUCAGCCUGAUCCAGAGAGUGCAGGCCAAGCGCAUGGACGAGCAGCGCGUGUCCUUCUACUGCGACGGCCCUGAGGCCAGCGGCCCCGCCCACCACGAGCACGAGCACAAACCCUCGUCACGCCCCACCUCCGGCUCUAGUUAAAGUCUACCAGACGCCAUCACACACACACACACACACACACACACACAUACACAACAACAACAGUCCCCACCACAACCAGGACAAAAGAGAGAGCUGCCACCUAGUGUACAGAUAAUGGGGGACACUAAAAGAUGUUGAUGCCCUAGCAUGGAACAGGGUCCCUGGACAAUGCCACACACACACACACACACACACACACACACACACACACACACACACACACACACACACA